AUGUGCUCUAAAGCCAUCAAGCGCUUGCUCGAAGAGGCGGAGAUGGCCGUACACCGCUGUCGUCUACUUGAGGAGAUGCUGAAUGAGCAGGCCAUGCAAGGCGAAAAGCUGCGUACCGAUCUACACGAGCAGCAAGAAGAAAACAAACUCUUGACGCACGAGAAGGAGAGCCUUAAAGCGACCAUUGCGAGGAUGGAGAUCGAGGCCGAGGUGGCGGCGGCGGCGGCAGCUGCUGCUAGGACAGUCAAUCCAGUAACGCCAGGGCACACUCCCGCCUCGACGCCCUCGAAAGCAAACGCUGAAGUGCACGUUAAUGCUAGUGCGUCGGCCGAAUCUGUGGCUGCCGUGGAGGAAAUGCUGAGCAAAAAGAAGCGGCAGCUGGACGUGCGCGAGGCAACACUGAAGGACGCGCUCAAAAAGGUCUCGGCCGACGCGGCAAAGGUCGCGGAUCAGCGUGCUGCGCUGCAGGAGCAGGAGAAACGGAUGACGGCACAGCUGACAGCCCAGCUCACCUCUCUCUUCGAGGAGGAGAGGCAACGCCUGGAGGACAUUUGCGCAGACGCCGUCACGGAUAUGCAGAACACGUACAGGGAGUGGAUAGCGCAGCAGCGGGACGCUGCCGUAGAGCGCCGACGGAAGUACGAGCAUGUGAUGGAGACGCGUCUGCAGCGUGCGACUUCAGAGGUAGCCGAAAUGAGGGCGGAGCGUGAUGUGCUACAGCAGACACUGGAGAAUCUGCGCGCCCAGCUGGCAGAAUUGCAGGAGAACGCGUCGAGGGUACAGACGGAGAGGCGGAGCGAGACAAAGGACGGUGGCCCCUCGUCACAGUAUGCAAGAGAAGAGAAGGAGUCACUCCAGGAAGCCGUUGCGGAGGGCAUACCGCGUGCUGGGGCGGCAAACGAGCGGCCUCGUGCAACUCAGACAGACCCGGACUUUACCGAACUCUUAGGCGGUGGGGAACAACCGAAGCACGCUGACGCGGCUGCUGCGUACGCAGCGCUGCAGCGGCGAGCGCAAGACAGCAUUGCGGCCCUCAUGCGUGACAUGCGCGCCAAGGAAGUGGAGUGGGAGAGAGCGAAGGCUGCUGCUGUGGCUACUGCUGAAUCGGCUGCGCGCCUCGCGGAGCGUGAGCGGCUUGGGCAAGAGGCCGAAAAGAUUCGACAGGAAAGCCAGCGUGAGAUCAAAGAAGCUAUGAGAAUUGUGACGCAGCAACGCGACUCCGCGAUGGACGCACUCCGUACGCAGCACCAGCGUGACAAGGAAGAAUGGCUCUCCAGGAUGCGCCGACUGGAGGAGGGCCAACAAAAUCAAGAGGAAGCCUGGCGUGCGGAGAAGGCGGCAUUGCAGAAAAAGUGCAGCGAACUUGAAACGCACCUAGAGGGACGCAAAGCAGCAGCAGGGAAGCUGCAGCAGCAACUGCGCGACGCCAAGCGGGAGCUGUCAGAACUGAAGGCAAAAGCACGCGACAAUGAGGAUGCCGUAGCAGAGGAAAGACGAAAGCGAGCCAACGCCACUGCGAAAACUGUGCAAUACUCGGCAUCCUCUCUCCUUAAGGAAGCUCAACAGGGACAGCAGCGGAUCCUCGCAGCGCAUGCUGGCGCUCUGGCACUUCUGCAGGAAAAAAUGCAGAAACUAGCGCAAGUCAACUGUGCAGCUGCGAAUUCCAGAGAUGAGAGGCGACGUGAGGUGACUCAACGGCUGCAUACGGAGUUGGAGUGCACUCGGCAAGAGCGGGAUACGGCACUGGAGCAGUUGGGUAAGAUGCAAGAGGCGGCAGAGGGCAUGAAGGCGCGAAUGAAUGAGGAGAGUGCGCAGUUGGGCGCGCUGCGUGACGUGAUUCAGAGGCAGCAGCGAGAUCUAGCUAGACUCCAGGAGCAGCAUCAGCGCACCGUCGACGAGCUGCGCGCGGCCCGAGCUGCCGUGUCAGCACCCAGUGCCGCUGAUGCUGCUGCGUCGUUAGCGGAGUCGGAGAAUCCCGUGAUGCGUGCCACGGACGACACCUGUUAUCGUGUGUUACUUCGACUGGAGCAGCGCUGGGUGCUGCAGCAGGCAGAUCUACAGUGCUGCUACUCGGUGGCGCUGUAUGCGGUGGUGCAGCGGACGUGGACGCAGAUGAUUGGCAGGAUGACGUCGUCGUUGGUGGCAGAGGCAGAGCGGCAGCGGCGUUCGCGCGACCGAAGCGCAGAGGCUCUUGAGAACACGACGAGCACAAUCAAGGAGGUGCAGAGAGAUCUGCGCCUGCGCAUGCAGGCGCUGCUGCAACAACAAGUCGACGUUGAAGAGCGUGAAAAGCGUCUGCAGGACAAGAAGAAACGAAUGGAUGUGGUGUGCCGCAGCCUGCACACGGUGGCUCAGGAGUUGCGGAAAAAGCAUCUCGACGCCACAGAGAAUCCCACUUUGGAGGAAGUAAUGAAAUCAGCUCGUGUGAUGAGUGAGUCCCCGUAA